AUGUGGGUCACCAGAUUCCGGAGCCUGUGUCUAGCCUUUGGACUCCUCUGCCUUUUCACCUUCCUCUUCUUCCUCCAACUGUACCAAGGCUUCUUGAGCCAGGGCCUCCAGCUGCUGGCCCAGUGUCCCAAAUGCUCGCGAGUUCCACCGCGCAUCAACUGCUCGCACCCCAACUCCUCCGUUGUCAGGGCUCAGCCCCAUGCCGCCCUGCCGGGCAUCUGGACCAUCCUUCCCAGCGGCCGCCUUGGGAACCAAAUGGGCCAGUAUGCCACCCUGCUGGCCCUGGCCCAGCUGAACGGGCGUCAGGCCUUCAUCCUGCCCUCCAUGCACAGGGUGCUGGCGCCCAUAUUCCGCACCAGCCUGCCCGUGCUGGCGCCAGAGGUGGAAAACCAGACCUCGUGGCAGAACCUGUGGCUGCAUGACUGGAUGUCAGCGGAGUACGAGCACCUGCCGCAGCUGUGGCUCAAGCUGUCGGGCUACCCUUGCUCCUGGACUUUCUUCCACCACCUCCGAGAGCUGAUCCGCCAGGAGUUCACCCUGCACGCGCAUGUCCGAGACCAGGCGCAGGCCCAGCUGCGGGAUCUCCGCCUUGGCCCCGCUGGCCACCGCCCCCGCACUUUUGUGGGAGUCCACGUGCGCCGUGGGGAUUACGUGGAGGUGAUGCCGAAGAUUUGGAAAGGGGUAGUGGGUGACCGUGCCUACCUCCAAAAAGCUCUGGACUGGUUCCGCGCCCGCCACCCCGCGCCCAUCUUCGUGGUGGUCAGCAACGACAUGGUGUGGUGUCGGGAGAACAUCAACGCCUCCCAGGGCGACGUGGUGUUCUCGGGCGACGGGAAGGAGGGGACGCCCAGCCGGGACUUUGCGCUGCUCACGCAGUGUAACCACACCGUCAUGACCGUGGGCACUUUCGGUUUCUGGGCUGCUUACCUUGCCGGUGGGGACACAGUCUACCUGGCCAAUUUCACUCUCCCCGACUCUCCCUUCCUGAAACUCUUUAAGCCAGAGGCAGCCUUCCUGCCUCAGUGGGUGGGAAUCCCCGCUGACCUGAGCCCGCUCCAUUAG